AUGCGCCGAGCGCAGCCCGCGCGGCGCCCGCCGCUGCUGCUCGCGCUCGCCCUCGCCUGCCUGCUGCCGCUCGCGGCGGGGGCGGGCGUGUUCGAGCUGCAGAUCCUCGAGUUCUCUAACUACCGGCUGGAGACGGCGUCGGGCGCGUGCUGCGGGGGCGGCGGCGGUGGCGGGGGCGGUGGGGGCGGUGGGGGCGGCGGGGGCGGCGGGGGCGCCCCGUGCGUGCACCCGUGCCGCACGCGCUUCGAGCUGUGCCUCAAGGAGUACCAGUCGGCGGCGGCGCCCGGCGCCUGCUCGUUCGGCCGCGCCUCCUCGCCCGUGCUCGGCACCGACUCCUUCACGCUCGCCGAGCCGCUCUACACGCUCGCGCUGCCAUUCUCCUUCCGCUGGACGCGUUCGUUUACAUUGAUACUGCAGGCGUACGACGACCACGAGUACGCAGACCCCGAGGCGGCUCUGAUCGAGGAGGCGUGGUGGUCGGGCAUCGUGGAGCCGGGCGCGGAGUGGCACGCGCUGCGGCACGCGGGCGCGGCGGCGGCGGUGGCGUACCGCGUGCGCGUGCAGUGCCAGCCCAACUACUACAACACCACCUGCACCACCUUCUGCCGGCCGCGCGACGACAAGUUCGGACACUACGCCUGCUCCGCCGCCGGCGACAAGCGCUGCCUGCCCGGCUGGCGCGGAGACAACUGCGAGAGACCUGUAUGCAAAGAGGGCUGUCACCCGACUCACGGGCGCUGCGACCGGCCCGGAGACUGCGACUGCCGGCCGGGGUGGCGCGGCGAACUGUGCUCCCAGUGUCAGCCGUACCCUGGCUGCAAGCACGGCUACUGCAACGGCUCCUCCUGGGAUUGUACUUGCGACACCAACUGGGGAGGCAUCCUCUGCGACCAAGACUUAAACUACUGCGGCACGCACGAGCCGUGCCAGCACGGCGGCACGUGCGAGAACACGGCGCCGGACCAGUACCUGUGCACGUGCGCCGAGGGCUUCUCGGGCGUGGACUGCGAGCGCGUGGACAACCCGUGCGCGCCGCAGCCGUGCGCGCACGGCGCGUGCUCGCUGGCGGGCGCGCCGCGCGGCUUCACGUGCGCGUGCGAGCGCGGCUGGGCGGGCGCGCUGUGCGACCGCGACGAGGACGACUGCGCCAGCGCGCCCUGCCGCCACGCCGCCGCCUGCCGCGACCGCCUCGCCGGCUACUCCUGCGAGUGCGCGCCCGGCUGGACCGGCGCCACCUGCGCCGACGACGUGGACGAGUGCGCCGCGAGCGGAGCGACCGAGGGCGCGGCGGGGCCGUGCGUGAACGCGGCCGCGUGCAACAACACCGCGGGCGGGUACGCCUGCACGUGCCUCGCGGGCUGGACCGGCCGCGACUGCGAGACCAACGUGGACGACUGCACGGGCCAGUGCCUCAACGGCGCCACCUGUAUAGACCUCGUGGACGACUUCCACUGCGCGUGCGCCGCGGGGUACGCGGGCCGCACGUGCGCGCGCGACAUCGACGACUGCGCCUCCCGGCCGUGCCGCAACGGCGGGGAGUGCGUGGACCUGCUCGACGCCUACCGCUGUAUCUGCCCCGUCGGCUUCUCGGGCACCGACUGUGAGGACGACCGCGACCACUGCGCGGGCUCGCCGUGCGCCAACGGCGCCGCCUGCUACACCGCGCAGAGCGACUACUACUGCCACUGCGCACCCGGCUGGGCCGGCAAGAACUGCACGCAGCGGGCCGCCAGAGACCAAAAAAACAAGUGCGCCUCGAAUCCAUGUCACAACAACGCAACCUGUAUCGACGGACCUGGAGACUACGCAUGCGCGUGCCGCGACGGCUGGACAGGGAAAACAUGUGGCGUACAUUUGGAGACGAACAAUCAAUGUAUUGAGAAGCCGUGCGCGAACGGGGGCACGUGCGUGCCCGACGGCGAGCGGUGGCGCUGCGCGUGCGCCGCGGGCUGGGCGGGCGCCGCGUGCGAGGAGGCCGCGCCGGCCGCCGCGUGCGCGUGCGGGGCGGGCGGCGCGUGCGUGCCGGCGGCGGGGGCGGGGGCGGGCUGGGCGUGCGCGUGCCGCGAGGGCUGGACGGGCGCGCGCUGCGAGCGCGCCGUGGACGGGUGCGCGUCCGCGCCGUGCCGCAACGGCGGGCGCUGCGUGGGCGGCGCGGGGUGGUGGGCGUGCGAGUGCGCGGCGGGCUGGGCGGGCGCGGCGUGCGAGGCGGCCGCGCCCGCCGCCUGCUCGCCCCCCUGCCCGCCGCCCGCCGCCUGCGCCCCCGACGCCCGCGGCGCGCGCUGCGUGUGCCCGCCGCCGCCGCACCGCGCCUCGCGCCGCUGCCUCGAGCUGAUCGCGGGACUCGGCGUCGACGGGACCGACGACGGCGCCGACGGAGUCGAGGACUGGGGGGACGGCGGGCCGGGGGGCGCCUGCGGCUCCGACAACGGCACGUGGUGGUGGGGCUGCAACGCCUGCCGCUGCUCCGGCGGCGUCCCCGCCUGCACCCGCUUGUGGUGCGGGCUACCCGACUGCCUGGCGCCGAACACCCAACCUUGCCGCACCGAUGAGGUGUGCGUGCCCGCGGCUCCGGCGCUGUGUCUGCGCGCGAGCUGUGCGCCGCUCGGAGAGUGCCGGCGCGUGGCGGGCCGCCGCGUGGAGCCCCCCGCGCUGCCCGCGCCCGCCGCCUGCUGGCCGGGAGCGCGCGGGGCUCCCCCGCCCGGCUGCGCGCGCGCACAGCUGCAGCUGGCGCGGGAGAGGCUGGCGCGCGGCGCGCACGUGGAGCGCGCGUGCCUCGCGCUGCGCCGCGCGCUCGCCGCCGCACUCGCCGCCCGCUCACCGCCCACACCACCGCUCGUGCUGCUCUGCGAUCUCGCACCGGACGACGACGACGCCCUCGAUCUCGCACUGUGGGUCGGAGACGAAGACAGCUCGGAGAGCGACACCGACACGGAGGCCCUCGGGGCGGCCGUGCGUGCGCUCAGCGAGCUGGUGUCGCGUCGUCGCCUGGCGCAGCACGCGCUGCUGGGCGCGGCGCUGCGGCUGCGCGUGCCGCACGCGGCGCCGCCGGCGAGCUCCUCUCCGCCGCCGGCGGCGCAGGCUCCGGCGCCGGCCACGCUGCUGGCGCUGGGCGCGGCCGCGUCGCUGGCGCUGCUGGCGGCGGUGGCGGGCGCGGCGCUGCUGGUCCGGCGCCGGCGCGUGGCCGCCGCCGCCGAGCGCUCGCGGCGCUGCGACGAGGAGAAGUCCAACAACCUGCAGAACGAGGAGAACCUGCGGCGCUACGCGAACCCGCUGCGCGAGGAGCCGUGCGCGCGCCGGCCGCCGGACGAGCUGCCGCGCGCGCACUCGCUGUACAAGGCGCACAACGCGGACGCGCGCAACGACACGCCGCCGCGCGACAAGGAGCUCACCAAGCGCGCGCUGCCGCCGCCCGCGCCGCCGCCGCCGCGCCUCGCGCCGCCCGAGCGCCUCACCGUGCUCGUGUGA